AUGAAGGUUCUCCAAACGACCACAGGCGACCACCUGGGUUCGCCGGGAGGCGGCUUCGCACAAGUUGCUCCAGAUCUGGCAGCGUCGUCUCCAGAUCUGGCACCUCUGUCUCUGUAUCUACCAGAUGAACUCGUCCACGAGAUCCUCUUCCGCCUCCCGCCAGACGAGCCCGCGCUCCUCGUUCGGCUCUCCAUCCUAUCCAAGUCUUGGGACCGCCUCCUCUCCGACCCUGCUUUCCACCACUGGUACCGCAAGCUCCACCAAAAAGCUCCAAUGCUUGGUUUCCUCUAUAGUGAGUACUCUACUGAAAUUGUCACCUCCUUCAUCCCCGCGAGCAUUCCUAACUACAAGCUUGCUGACUUUGCUGUGAGAGAUUGUCGCCAUGGCCAUGUCUUGGGCCAUGCCUUCCUCUUCGAUUUUGUGCUCAUGCAGCUCAUGGUCUGGAACCCCACGACUUCCAUGUCAUCUGCAUUGGCAUAA